UGGUUGUUUCGUUGGUUGGCAAGUGGCAAAGCGCCAUACCUGAUCGCAGGUAGUUUUAGUCGGCGACGUGAUAUUGAAUGAAUCGUACGCGCGUUUUAUCAUCGAUACCGUUAUUACACGUAGUAAAGUACUAAGUACUAAACCAAGUCGAUUUGCGUUAAGUUGUGUGGCGUUAACGAAAACAAAAACACAUACAAAAAACACGAAACACCAGCCAACCGUGUGUACGUACGGUGAGCCAGCGGUGAGAAACGAUUGCAGUUUACAGUUUCAUACAAAGUUGCAGCAUUAAUUACAGCGGCAGUACAGUGCGGUGUAUUACCGAUCGACAUAUAAAUAAAGUGGGGUAGAAAAGUGAGCUGAUACUUGAAAUUCAAUAUCUGCCUCAACGGCAAACUCGAAUGCCAACACUAACUACCCAUCUGAUUAAUUGCAACAACAAAUACAAACAACAACAACCAUAGUUGUAGGAGCAUCAAUUGCAGCCGCGUCACACCAUCGCCAUCGUCAACGCCAUCAACAACAUCAACAUCAGCUUGUGCUGAACAGUGCUGCAACACACUUCCGAUCCGCACCAACACCGGCUUUCUUUCCAAAGCCAGCCUACUUGUUAUUGCAUAUGGGAACUUCUUGCUGCAUAAACGCCUGCUAGUAAUACACUCGUAAAAUACUUGGAAUUACACGAAAUUGCACUUUUCACAGCAAAGGCUUCAAAUUACAUACUUACAAACACAUAAGUAAAAACAAGAGUGAAAACUUUGCAAAAAUAUUAAAAACCAAUAUUCGUGUGCAAGUUUGUUGCAAAAAACGGUUAAAGUGAAAAAAAAGAUUCGAAAAAAUCAGCAAAAGGUUUUCCUGCAGCGAAAAAAGACCACAAUGAAACCAACCAAAGAAAAUUAUAAAGUCAUCAAAUAAGGAAGUGCAUGAAGAAAAUUGUAAGUGCAAACAAAUCUCUAGAUACUGUCGUGCAUGUAUGUAAGUGUGUAUAACUAACUGUUAGGGAGUCGCAGCGAUUAUAUUACACGCCGCAAAUUGCAUAACUGCAAAUCACUUUGCAGCCACAGAGAAGCGAAGAAAUAGAAACAUAAUACAAAAGCCACAGGAGCAAAAGAAAAGUGUUAGAGAUCAGAUUUGCGGGCAGAAGAACAAAGUAGUCGCAGAAAAAUAACUAGGCAAGCGGAUAGUUGUGAGAAGCGCAGCGGUAACGCGGAAGAAUAAAUUUGCCGAGGCAAACGCGUCGCAAAACCCAACUGACUGUACAUAGGCCGCAAGAAGGUGUAUACGGGUGCAGGGGUAAGAAAAAUAAGACGUAGCAAAGGAAGUAAUCACUUGCCCGGUAAACAACAGCAAUUUAAGACAGUCAGACUUUAUGCACGCACACUCGAAGUAGAGAAGAUCGAAGGCGAAAAACGAAAGAACCAGCUUCGAAAAACAACCAGAAAACGAAAAUAGGAAUAAUGGCAACGAAAACUGUUAUAAAUACAAAUGCACCUUCAGCGCGUGGCAUCUCUAUUGUAAUUGACCAAGAUCAAGCAACACAACAGCACCACCAACAACUUAUUGUCAAUUGUCAGCAAGAAACGUUAAGGUCGUCACAGAAAGCUGAAAAUGGCAAGAUCACCAUCUAUCAAAAUACAGUCACAACAAGAACACAAAUGGCACCAACACCGUCAACGGCAAUAACUAGAACAGUGGUCACUAAGUUGCAACCACAACCAAGUAAAUUGGUGGCGUCAACAAAGACAGCAACAACACGAAUUGGUGUUAACCAUGGUCAUAAUUAUCCAUAUAACGAACGUAACAAUGAUGAUGUUGCCGGUAGUAAUGAAGAUCCAAAUGAUGAGCGCGCAUUUCGUCGUUCAUUUACCAUUCAAAGUGGUGAGUUCGGAAAUGAUCAAAAAACUAGUUACACCACAAGUAAGCACACAAUUGUUACCUCUACCGCAGUCCCAACUUUUCCACACUUACUGUUGAAAGUGGCUAAUGAAAGAGGAAAAUCUAGUAAUGAACAUAGCAGCAGCGCCGGCAACUCCGAAGAAAUGGUCGAAACGAAUGGAAACGAAGAUAAUUUAGUUAGAGCUGGAAUUUCUGUUGGAAAAUUGCAAGUAAAUAGAAAUGUUGCCGUUGCCGCUAACGUUGCUGAGGCCACAGGUGUUGCGAGCGUAAAUAGUCAAAAUGGACAGAGCACAGACAUAAGCACAUCGGCUACAACCAAUACAAAGACAACAAUAAAACCGACUGUAAAUGGUCAAACUAACCAGCAUGGCAUGAUGAUCAUACAGUGCAAUGUUGAUGAUGAACAUCAUCAUGACAAUAACGAAGAACGUGAUGAGGCUGCACAUGAUCGCCAUACUAAUAAUUAUGAUCAUCAUGAUCAUGUUGGAUCACUUGUUGUGGCAGCGACUGCGAGUGCGCCGUCUAAUAUAAAUCACAACGAAAGUUGUGUGACUAGUGUUGUUGAAAAUGGUCAAAACGCGUUUGAACGUAUUUGUACGAAUGGCCUAAGUGGUAGCGAACGUGAUCGCCAUGAAGCUGGUAAUAGUCUCUGCAAUACAGAUGUCCAACAGCAGCUGGAAAGCACAGACGUGAACGCGAAUGCGAAUGCGAUUGUCGCGAACAGUCCAACCACGGCAACGGCUAAGGCUACGAAAGCAGAUUGUGCAAGUGCACUGACCGUAACAGACGCUGUACGCAGACGCAGUGACGAUCAGACAAAUGCGAAUUCAACGCAAACGCUAACACAAAAUCAAAUAGAAGCAACUCAAUCCCAAUUGCAUGUGCUGAAGAUACAGAUUAAGCCAGAAAAAGUGAAUGAACAAAACGAGAAACAAGUGACAGUGGUGACCCUUAAAGAGGCACAAGUGCAAGAAAAACAAAAACAACAACCAAAAACAAGCCAAACUAAAGAACUGAAUCGUAUAGCUCCAGUGCAUAUAACCGAAAUACUUGAAGAGCAGAGUGCGCGUCCACAACCAACGGGUGAAAGUGCGUACGAUCUACAUUUGAACAGCGAGAAAAUGGUGCAGAAGCCAACUACAGCAAUGUCAGUAACGGCAACGCCAAUGACGGGCGCAUUGGCGUCGUCGACAAUUCUUAAUUCGGGCGCGGUAACCGUGUCGGGCGGGAAUGCAAACACAAACUUGAAUUUGAACACAGGCGCAAUCAUCAACGGCAAUGCAAACAGUAACGGCACAAACAACGGGCACGCGAACAACACGAUUACAUCGGGCAAUACAACUGUCACCGAACUAAAUGUGUCAAAUCCUUCGUAUUUAUACUACGUUAUGUCCAGUGGCCAGUUUUCACCUUGUGACACACUAGAUAGCGGCACUGGCAGCGAUUUGGAGAGUAAUGGCAAUAUCACACCAGGUACACCAUCACCACAAAGCAAGCUCCAGUGUACACUUGAUAAACUUAAAGCAGCUGCUCAAUCCUCUUCACAGAACAGUACAAAUGGUAGUAGUGCACCAAAAAUGGAAUUACAUAUGAAGGCCACUAAAAUACGUCUAAAUGGGAGCGCUAAGAAAUCAGCGUUGGGCUCCUCAAGCUCCGCCACAAAGUCACAUACAAAUGGCGACCAUGCACGCGCUGGCAGCUUCACUGAUAGUGAGGAAAGCGAAUCGUCCUCACUCAGCUGUGAUUCACUUCAUUCCACCGAAUUUAUACGCCAGUCAUCAGUUUCGCCGACAACUCAGAAAACGUGCGGCAAUACUGCGUCAGCGGCGCACGUCAAAAUGUUGGGCGCCUUCUUGCCAGAUUCUUUGUUGCGCGAUAUACGCGAUCGCAAAUUUCCCACAAACGAUUUUGAGGCGAAAUAUGGCGAUGGUGGUAGUGUUGGCAGCGCUGAUGGUGGCAGUGAAGGGGAUGGUGAUGGUGAUGUCACUACAACUCCUUUGCCCGAUGUCAUCAACGAACAGGAUUACAUUCGUGUUGAUCAUGCGAAAUUCUUAAAGGAACACAACAGCAACAACAUUGCCGUUAACAACAGUCACAACAAUAAACGUUUGUCGCUGCCAAAUAAAACGUUCGUAUUAAACGCGGAUAACGGUACAUUUGUCGAUGUGAAAAUGAAUUCGAUGCCGCGCAAAUACGAAGCAGAUAAAUAUUACAAUUUCCAUGUGAAGGAGCAUGAAAAUUUUCGUAGUUUCGAUAUUGGUGCUGCAGCCAAUCUUGGCGGUGGUGAUCUGGAAAGUUUUUCCGAAUAUGAAACGAAAAGUUUACACGACGACGCCUUCGCAGGCUAUAAGGAUAUACGUUGUGGCUCGGCCACAUCAACCAUACGUUCGUCGAAGGGAACGGUGCGCGGAGUCAAGAAUCGUGUGCGCAAUGGAAUAGCCACAUUCUUACAAAUGCAGCAGCCAAAUGUUAAGAACUUCAAGGAAAAGGAUGCGGGAAAGGUGGUCCUCUACACAACGAGUAUGGGCAUCAUACGAGACACCUAUGCCAAAUGUGCAAAUGUCAAACAGAUACUGCGUACGUUACUAGUGAAAUUCGAAGAACGAGAUGUUUUCAUGAGCAUCGAGUACCAGCAAGAGAUAAAGGAGCGAAUGCACUCGGAAACGAUAAAAGUACCUCAACUCUUCGUGGAAGGCCAACACAUUGGUGAUGCUGACACCGUGGAACGACUCAACGAAUCUGGUGAACUGCGCCAGUUGCUCAAACCAUACAAGUCAAUUGCCACCACGUUCACUUGUCAAACAUGCGGCGGCUACCGCCUACUGCCGUGUCCCUCGUGCAAUGGCUCAAAGAAAUCGGUGCAUCGAAAUCACUUUACAGCUGAAUUUGUGGCACUGAAAUGCAUGAAUUGUGAUGAAGUGGGACUGGUUAAAUGUCACAAUUGUUAAGCAGCGAGUCUAACGAGGAGGAGGAGUAAAUGAAGCCUGCAGCUACUUGCAUACAUAGUUUAGCGAUUAAUUAACAGGCGGCAGCAAUGAAGCUUAAUGGACAGCUAACAGGCAAUUGACGAUUGUCAUAUGGCGGAGAGAAGUACUAAAUACGAUGGCGCGCCACGUGCAUAUAUAGGUAGAAUUAAUUACUAACUACUUCUAACUAAGUUAAGCAACGAAAUAGUCACUCAAUAUUUUUUAUGGUUUCUUUAUUUUUCUUUAAACACUAAGUUUUUUUUUUUGUUUUGCUAUUGCGUUGCUUAUAAGUAGGAUUACGCUUCUUCUUUUUUAUUAUUGUUUUUAUUUUAAAUAUAUCAGUAGUGCAAUAGCGCAAUUUAUUGUUAAGAAAUACAUAUUUACAUACAUAUUUUUAUAAAAGACACAACCAUGAACUAAUUAUUGGAUAGCAAUUCAAACAAAAAUAUUUAACGAACGAUUGCUUUGCUGACCUUAGCAAUAUUUAUUGUUUUUUUUUUAAUUGUUUAAUUAACUCUAUCUAUUUACAUAUGUAAAUUUAUAUUGUACAAUAUAAUUAAAAGUACGUGUACACAAAAGUCUUCGAUUUGAUUGACGGUCACGAGGGUAUUCGAAUUUAUUGUAUAUCGUCGAUUGUUUAAACUGCAAAUAUGACGGUUGUGAUAAUUUAACACAGAUAUUAGAAAACAACUAAAAACAAAUAAAAGGCAGAUAAGAAGAAUAAAGUAUUGGUUAAAAAAUGUUAAUUUUAACUUUAUAGAAAUCCACAAUAAUAUAAUCUGCACGUAUGCAAAUAUGAAAACUCAAACAUCAUUUCAUUAGACCAGUUCACGCUUGCUUGUGUAUGAGAUUAGCCUGUUCAUACCUGUUCUUUCAAAUGCUAAAUUCGUAAACAACAUUAUUUUAAGAAUUUUACAAAUUUUUCAUCUUUUCUUACACAUACCAGGCCAGUUAACGUUUGUUUUUUUAUGAGGUGUUAGUCAUUUUCGACCUUUGACAGUGCGAAGUGUUUGUGUGGCGCAGUAUAGAUAUUUCUAAAGUGUAAAAAAAUAUUCUUUGAAAAUGUAAAAUAGAAAACAGCUUGGAUUCAAUAAUUUAGAAAAAUAAUGCAUAUUUAAUCACCCAUAAUUACUAUUUCCUAUUAAAUAGAGAUACUACUGUGAUCAAACUAAAAUAUAGCCUUCCAAUUUAAACUUCGGAGGUGCAUAUUUCGACUUCACAAAUAUAUAUACUUUUUUUUGCUUGAUUGGUUCUAGUUGGAAGACUUACAUAUAUAUUUUGAAAGGAAAUUGGCUAAUCAGUACAAUAUUUGGUAUAAAAAAUUUUAAAAAACAAAUUAACAAAAUCACUUUAACUCAAAAAACAGUAUACAAAUUAAAACAAAACCUUUUUUAAAGAGAUUUUUGACAACAUUUCGGCAUAAUUCGCGCUUUACAUUGCCAAUUUCACGCUGAAUUUUAUUCUUCAAAACUUCAGUUGUUGUUAACAUCUCGAUAUCGCAAUCCUUUGGCUGUAAACGCGUAUUUAGAGAAAUAUAAAAAUGUAUCUGAAUUUUCCAAUACCCAAAUAAGGCAUUUGUUUGUGUUUAUGUAGUCACUCAAAUUGAAAAAACCGUCCGCUCCGUAGUAACUAUUAAUUAUUUUCAUAAGGUUUUCGCGCGAAAUCGAACUAAUUUUAGUAAAUUGUGGGUUUUUUACUUAACAUAUAUAAAAAAAAACGCCAUCGAACUGUGACAACAAAAGUUUCUUAUUCAAUUAAUUUAAUUUUUGAAGAAUACCAUCGUCCACCUACACAAGUGAGAGUAAAUUGGCUUAAUACAAAAAUAACUGCAAAAAGGCUAAUUUUACUGGUUUUAAACACAUACUAUUGCGUAUAAGCAUACCGAAUGUAAAAUAAAGAUUUUAUUAAAAAUUAAACACAUAAUGUAUACUAAUAAAUAAUUAAAAGACUCAAUUUGAACCAGAUCAAAAGAAAAGAAUAAUUAAUUUCUAAAUUUCUAAAUGAUAUUUCUACCGAAAAGUCGAUAUAUUUAGAACUACUUACAAACAUUAAGUUCGAUAUAAAAAUACAUUUUGUGGUAGCAGUUCUUUAAAAGACAAACUGACAAUUAAAAAAUGUAUGCGACAGCAAGCAAUCUAGUUUUUAAGAGGAAUGACUAGCAGCGAUCCUCAAUCCUUCAGUAUAUUUAUGUCCUCGUGCGCCAUUUUCCCUCCCAAAAAGUAUUCCUGUUUAUUGAUUUUUUGAUGUAAAUAAUCAAAAAAAUACAUAAAAGCCCACUUUUUAUAUACACCCAAACACAUACAUAUUUUUAAGCACUUGAUGGCCCGAUAAUAAGUAUAAGCAAAUGUUAUUCUAUACACAAUCAGUUCUAUCUAAUACGAGUAUAUGCAUAUAUGUAGUUAAAAUUGACGCAAAAAGGGUUCGUUAAAAAUAAUAAUACAUAUAUUCUAAAACAAUUUUUUUAAAUAUUUGUAUGUAUGUAUAGUUUACACCAAAAUAGUUUGAUAGUUAAUUUAUAGGCAAGACCAUUUGCAAGCAUAUAUACAUAUGUAUGUCCUACAUAUAUUACAUAUCUUAUAUAUUGAUCUAGCCAUAAUUCUACUAAAAUAUAAUCGUGUCUUAUAUCAGAGAAAAUAAUUAAGGAAUAAAACUAAGUUAGAGUGGCGCUAGCUGCGUUUGACAUUGUUGCUUUAAUGCGAGCUCUGUGAAGUACCAUAAGAGCUUACAUACAUACAUAUGUAUUAUAUUAAAAAGUCGAAUCGAAUAAAAACGUGUCUCGUAGUGCCUCUCUAAAAUAAAGAAGCAUCAUUUAUGCAAAAAAGCGAUUAUUUUUGUGAAACGAUUUUAGAAAUAAAGCGAAUAAAGUAAAGUAAUUAAUAUAG